AUGGACAUGCUCCUCAAAGACUUGUCCGGCUUCUUCACUUCCAACUCGGGCAUCAUGGCAUGCAUUGGAGCACUCAGCCUCAUUCUGGCAUGCUUGCGUAUCGGAACACGCCGCAGUCUGAAGACAUCUCGGAAGACAUCAGAAGAUCAAGUCCCAGCAACAUCAGCCGACGAUGAUGAGGAUCAAGAACCCGAGUCGUACGACCAAGUUACCCACCCGCCCUCGCAGCCCAGGAUGGUUCAGGUACAGGUCAACGAGAACACUCAGCUCCAUGAUCUCUCCCCGUCCUUCCUGGUCCUGACCGCCGAACCUCACCAGCCAUCCCUCAUGACACCUCCCUCCAGACCUGCCCAAAGACAAAACUCAUCCACCGAAACUGAAUUCGACACCCGUACCAGCUGGGAAGUCGCGUUCGACCGGAACCUCCGCCACAGCAACAUCCUCCGCCUCCCCGACGAAUUACUACUCAAGAUCCUGGGCGCGACAAACACCGCGGGCCUCUUCAUGCUGCGCCAGACCUCGUUCACCUUCUGGCGGCUGUACCACGACAAGACCUUCAGCAGGUACCACCGCUCGACGGACUAUUUCCGCCCGAAGAGGGCCGUCAAACGAUUCGAGAACAGCCCCGAGACGGUCAGACAGGCCAAAAAGAGCGCCUUGUGCGGUUCCUGUCUGAGAACGAGGGACUCGGCGGACUACGACCGACGAAUCAUAUUCAUGCAACGCCAGCUGCACUGCUCCCGCUGCAAGGCAAACCACCGAUACAUACACUUCUCGCAAGAUCAGCGAAGGGAGGUCGAUAAUCGGGCACGUGAAUGCGUCGGCGCGCAGGGCAGGCUUAGACUGUGCGCCCACAAGACGGUUAAUCCCGCGGCGCUGUUGCGCUGGGUACGGCAGAACGGCGGCACGUCGCUGAGCCCGCACGACAGAUUCGUCGUAGACAAGUGCCAGCGCUGCGCGGACAUCGCCUUCCACAGCGGUCUCGGGGGCCGUUCGCCGGAAGUCAGCCCGCCUGCGAUAUCCGUCUUGAGAUCGACGUGGCCCGAAUACCGCGGCAGCGCCGACGGGACUGGAAUUACGUAUCUCGUCGAGUGGACACUGCCGGUUCUCGAGAUCCCUCGGAACGAACGCGUGUCGGACCAAGACGUGCGAAGGGCUUUGGAGGGCUUGGGGGAGAUGUACGGGGACAUCCUCUGUCCGCACUUCACCUUCCGGAACGGCCAGCUCCUGCGGCCCUUCGACCCGCGACACUGCGUCUGUUUCGGCCACGACACGAGAGUCGGCGGCGGCGGAACAAACUACGAUUCCGAUUCCGAGUCGGGUAUACAUGCCUUCAGCUGUCGGAAGCGAAGGUGUCAAUUGCCGGGAGACCCGUCCAAGAGGACCUUCAUAUCUCAUCCGUACGGCAGCAGCAUGCGCCGCCAUGACGUCGAGUGCGGCUGCUGCAAGACGACGUAUUCGUGGAAGCGAAAGGGCGGACACGUCUUUCUGCAGCGGGUCUCCUACGCCGCCGUGGAUAGCCCGAGGAAGAAGUCGACUGCGAGUUUUCACAAGUUUCUUGAGCCGCGAUCGUACGGGGCGACGUCUGAUGAAGAGACGAAACAUCUCUUGUGGUGCGAUGAUGCUGUCUGCGAGAACGGCAGGAAUUGGGAGGUGUAUUCGAAACAAUUCUAG